AUGUGCAUGCUGUUUUUGACGUUUAAUCGAGGUCGCUUCAAGUUGAUCGUCGUCUCGCAAAGGGAUGAGGAACUUGAUCGUCCUACUGCUGAAGCGCAAUGGAGAGAUGAUAUUUUAGCCGGCUAUGAUAUGAAAGAUCCCGCGCAAGGCACAUGGUUUGGAGUGAAUCGAAAAGGUCGAGUCGGUGUGGUGCUCUCGAUCACACAACCCCGCGGCACGAAACAUCAGAGUGCGCCCAGUAGAGGUGCAAUUGUGAAAGAGUAUUUGGCGUCAAACGAACGUCCCCUUGACUAUUGCGGAGAUCUAGCGAAUCGAUCACAAGAGUUCAACGGUUUUCAAUUUAUCGCUAUAAAUCCAGAAGCUUCAUCAGACUUCUCGAUGUGGUCAGUGACGAAUAUGUUUGUCGAUCAGAUCACGGUUAGAGAUUGGAGACCGGAAACACAUGUGAUCGGCAACAGUCCACCAGAAAUUCCGUUUGAGAAAACGAAACGAGGGGAUAAAAUUUGGAAUGACGCUUUGGAAGGAAUUCUUGAUCUCGAAGACGAGCGACAAAUUGCCGAGUCGCUGCUUGAGGCGAUCGACGACGAUGAAAGAUGUUUCCCCGAUCCGCAAUUAGCUGUUCAAACGGGUCUCCCAGAAGAUCAUCCAUUUCUCGAGCCUCUCUCCUCGUUGCGAAUCGUUUAUCCAAAAGAGAGUGGCAUUCGAUACGGCACUCGAAGCUACACGGUUUUGCUGAUCGAUGAGGAGGGAUCGGGCUAUUUGCUCGAGAGACGUCUUGUCGGAAAUCCAAUCGACCCGCAUCAACCAAAAUGGGACACCGUUGAGCAUUGGUUUGAUGUCGAAAAACCGCAA